UCACUUGACGCAGCAGGGAUGUCUCAUGGCAGAGCAGCAGCCAGUCCUGAAAGUAAAAGCAGUCGUAAAACUCCUCGGAGCUCUUCGGCAACCGCGUAACUAGACUAUUCCCUCGCGACGUCGUUAAUGUGGGACAGCGAGCAGCUGACAGACAUGGCGGAAAGUUAAUUCUUAGCGAGGGGCUUCUUGUGUUGUUCCGUUGCUACAACUUUGCUCAGUCCAGCAGCCGUUCAGCCGCGACCACACCCUCCCUGCUUCCUCAUAGUACUGUAGCGGGAGCGCGCAGCACGACUUUGAAUCUCUGGGAAUAACGGCCGCUUCUUCCAGUUACGUUUGCGCUUUCGUGACCGGGGAACCUGCCAAAACAAGAGAGUUAAAUGUCCAAGGACCAGCGACCGGUAUGGAUAUGAGAAACGACUCCCCACAGAGGAUAUGCGGGGCUACACACUCUCUGGUCCCGAGUUAAGACGCGGAGGAGGAGGUGGAGGGCGGACAGACGGACGAUGCAUAUGGAGUCGAAGCGACCGGAGCAACUGCUAGCUUCUAACCCAGGGCUCUGUUUGAAAAAGAAGAGGUUGAAAGUGGAUUGAGGGGUUUGUGUUUUUGGACUGUCGCACUUACGGUGGAUUUUACUUGGGAGGACUCAUGAAACGAUGGUGCUGGAGGGAAACACCAGUCUUCCCGCUAUCCACAAGAGCUGCCCGGGUGUUGCCCCGUUUGUAACCAGCAUGAGUGAGCCAGGCCGGUCAAACUCAUUGGGAACAAGUCGGACAAGAUCUGGCUGCUGUGUCAGGCUACAUGCUCCGAUGCAAGAGAACACAAAAUGAUAUCCUAUUGAUUCCAGUCACAGAUAAAAAAACAAAAAAAGACUAAAAAGGCAUGUACUAAAUGUUAAGGUGAUGUUUUGCUGGCUGCAGUCAUAAAAGACGCCGAGAAAAAGGCAUCAGAGAUAGCACAGAGGCAGUUCAACACAUGUAGACCCAGUUUUGACAUUAUUUUCAUUAUUCUCAAUCUGCACUUUGCCUUUUACAAGGCACCUUGGUGGCACUGCAGCUUGUGUGAUUUAUCCUUUUUUUUUUUUUUUUUUUUUUAAAUCCAAAUACCUGUGAAUCUGUUCCACAGAAACCUGGGACUACAAUGACAAUAUUGACUUGUUUAAUAAUAAUGGGUUAUAAUGGGUUAUGUUGUUCAGGGCAUUUAAAUUCAGUUGAAUUCAUUUAAAAGUCAAGAUAAAAGCAUAUAACUUAUAACACUGAUUACUCAGAAGUUUGGUGGGAUUUUGAUCAACUGUGUUACACGGUAAACUUACUAAUAACCAAGGCAGGUAACUCUGAGAAUAUGCCGGAUCAUUGUCUAGACUUUUAUUAUAAUAUACUCUGGUGACACGUUCAUUAAGUUGAUGGGGAAGUUGAUGUUCAAACAUAAGUGAAUGCAGUAAUUGAAUUGUGCUUUUUCUACAUGUUUACAUUGAGAAUCCAUGUCCUGUGUGUCAACAUAUAAUGUACAGUUGAUUAUCUAUAAUCUGAAGGAAUUUAAGUAAGACUGUUUGGCCAGUUGUUAUUUAAAGGGGUUUGUAAAAAAGCAGUGAGGGGAGGCUUAUCUUUGAAAUGUCUUAAACAGUACAAUGCAGUGUGCAGCAGCAGAAAACUAUUAAUAACUGAACCCCUCCAGAAGAGAAGAUCGACCCCCCCACCCCCCCACCCUCACCCUUCCUCACACACACACUCCCCUCCUUAUUAUGGCUAGUGGUGGUUCCGGCAAAUCGGCUAGCGAGGGAUCAACCAGCACACCCAGUGGCAGUUUGCAGCAGAGGAAGCGUCUCUCCUCCAUCUGUGACACAUGUAAGGGCAAGAUGCAGCUGGUGGCUGACCUCCUCCUGCUGUCCAGCGAGACCAGGCCGGUCAUGACCUCUGAAGGUGUGGCGGUGGCAGACACCUUCGACCAGUGUCGCGACACGGUCAUCGCCAGGACUAAAGAACUCUCUAUUCUCACCCACGACAUCCAGAGCCAGCUCAACAUGGGCCGCUUCACCGAGGUGGGGGACCGCCUCUUGGAGAUGGCUGACCUGGUGGUGUCUUUGACUGAGUGCUCAGCCCACGCCGCUUACCUGGCAGCUGUGGAGACCCCCAGCUCUCAGCCCUGCCUGCCGGGUCUGGUGGACCGAUACAAAGUGACCCGCUGCCGGCACGAGGUGGAGCAGAGCUGCAGUGUCCUCCGAAUUACACCCCUGCCAGAUCUCACCCCCCAGGUCCUCCUCGAGCUCUCUCAAAACAUCUCUACCAACCUCAAGACUCUAACGGACAUCUCGUCGCUGGCCAGCGAGAGGUCCAGGGACCGCUUUGCGAAAGAGCAGUUCAAACUGAGCGUCAAGAGCAUGAGCACGAGCGGGACGGCCUUCCUGGCAUGUGUUAAAGAGGUGAAGACCCAGCCCAGUGAGCUCACCAGGAACCGCUGCGUCCUUUUUAGUGCUGCCCUGGUCCAGGCUGUCAGCGCCCUGGUUGGGUUUGCCACAGAGCCUCAGUUCCUGGGAAGAGCUGCGAGUAUCUCCGCUGAAGGGAAGGGGGUACAGACUGCAGUUUUAGGGGGGGCCAUGAGUGUGGUUUCAGCCUGCGUCCUCCUCACUCAGGGCCUCAGGGACGUUGCCCAGCAUCCCGAGAGCAGCUCCAAAAUGGCAGACUACCGGGAGCGUUUGCGUAACUCGGCGUGUGCUGUGUCAGACGGCUGCACUCUGCUCACUCAGGCACUCAGAGAACGCUCCUCUCCAAGGACUCUGCCGCCAGUCAACUCUCAUUCUGUGAAUUAGUUUAGGAAGAGGCAACGUGAUUCUCCGGUCUCCUCUGUCCUAUUUUUGACAUACCAAAGAGACUCACUUGGGUUAUCCCUGUUCAUCAGGUUUAGAAUCAGAGUAACAUCAGAAGAAGGCUGCCCACGGGUCUGUCCACGUGGUCCAAGUGUGUUGGAAUGCAAAGGAGCAACUGAAACAUCCGCUACAGGGCUCUGUGUCGCGCUGGAUGUGACUCAGACCGUGUUAGAUAUGGACCACUUGACCGCUCCAAGCCUGACCGGGCCUCACCUGACAGCCCGCUCUCAUGUGCAGACAGCGGCCUUCAAACCUGAAAAGUUUACCUCAGUUUUCAGCUCCGGUGAAAACACCAGCCUUGAUGAUGGAUGUAGCCUCGCUGUGUGAAACUAUGGUUGGCUGACCUGCUCAAUUACAUGUGCUUUGUGAGAUUGGAAAGAGUGAUCUGAGUGUCUCAAUGUUUUUUUUUGUUUUUUUUUUUUCAACGUGUGAAUUCUUAAUUGGUAAAAAGCUGCUGAGUGUGUGCCAUAGGUUUUACACUAUUUACCAGACUUCGCAUAGUAUUUUAAAGUGUUUUGAUCAUGCAUGUAAUGGAGUAUUUAUUUCAACUAUUAAAAAUGUUGUUUCUGAUA